GAGAAAGAGUAAGAAUGGGAUUCGGAUCCAUUCGAAGCUAACGUACGUUGUCGAAACCGGAGCAAACGUCGGAAGAAAUUUCGUGGCGCAAACAGAAAAACGGCAACGACUGAAAGUGCAAAUCAUUUCCGAAAGCAGAGUUCAGACGGAGAAAGAGCAGAAGGAGAAGCAAGGAUGAACGACGGAGAUGUUUCGAAGCAGAUUCAGCAGAUGAUCAGAUUCAUCCGCCAGGAAGCAGAGGAGAAGGCCAACGAGAUCUCCGUCUCGGCUGAGGAGGAAUUCAAUAUAGAGAAACUGCAGCUGAUCGAAGCCGAAAAGAAGAAAAUACGCCAAGAGUACGAACGAAAGGCGAAGCAAGUCGAAGUCAAAAAGAAGAUAGAGUACUCGAUGCAACUGAACGCAUCUCGCAUAAGGUUCCUUCAAGCGCAAGACGACGUUGUGAACUCGAUGAAAGAAUCUGCCUGCAAAGAGCUCCUGCGCGUGUCGAGCAAUAACAAGGCCUACAAGAAGCUUCUCAAAUCCUUAAUUAUCCAGUGCCUACUGCGUCUUCAAGAGCCGGCCAUGUUGCUCAGGUGCAGAGAGGUUGACCGGAAGCUGGUUCAAUCUGUCUUGGACGAUGCUAAAAGAAUGUAUGCCGAGAAAGCAGGAGUUGCGCCUCCUGCCAUCACGCUCGACGACCAUGUGUAUCUCCCGCCGCCUCCCAAGGGCGUGGAUUCUCACGAGCCUUCUUGCUCGGGCGGAGUGGUGGCGGCUUCACAAGAUGGUAAGAUAGUCUGCGAGAACACUCUCGAUGCCCGUCUGGACGUGGUUUUCAGACAGAAACUGCCUGAGAUCCGAAAGCGUCUUCUCGGGAAUAUGCAGAUAUGAUUGAGCAAAUACCAGAGAAGAUUAGUCAAGGUCUUCAUUCAGCAUUUUGGAUCCCUUAUGUGAAUCUCUAAAAAUCAUCUUUGAAAUGGUUCCUACUUAUUCUUUCUGAUCUCCA